UGCGACUAAAAAAAUCACAAUCCACAAUUCCACAUAGCUGGAGUUGGGGAAACUACAAGGCGAUACACAAGUACACAACCACAGCGCUCCUGUAAUCUGGUGUGGUGGAUCAGAAAAACAAAGAAGAUGAGUCAACCAGGAGCAAUACAUCCAGCAGUAAAGCCACUCUCAUACUUACUAGGAACCUGGAGAGGUCAAGGCCAGGGUGGCUUCCCAACCAUCUCUUCUUUUAAUUAUACUGAGGAACUCAAUUUCUCUCACCCUGGUAACAAGCCUGUUAUAAUAUACACACAAAAGACAUGGAAAUCGAAUUCGGGAGAGCCGAUGCACGCGGAGAGUGGUUACUGGAGGCCCAAACCUGAUGGCUCCAUUGAAGUCGUCAUUGCACAGAGUACUGGUCUUGUAGAAGUCCUGAAAGGAACAUUUGAUGCAGAAGAGAAAGCGGUGAAGCUUAGGAGUGAACUCGUGGGCAAUGCUGCUAAGGUGAAGGAGAUUACUCGGACUUUUAAGCUGGUUGAUGAUGAACUCACCUAUGAAGUUGAAAUGGCAACUGGAUCUGUAAGCCUUCAGCCCCACUUGAAAGCCUCACUGAAGAAGCUGUGAAAUAAAACCAGUUACUUACCAAGUAUAAAAAUUGUUAAGUUGCUUAUGCUGCUCUAUCCAGUUUCAAGUUUUCCUUUUGCGGCUUCUUUUUCUGCAAAUGUUUUCCUAGCAAGUUGUGUUCGAGCUGUUAACUGACUGGGUGGCAUCACAGUAACAUUUGCCUAAAAGUUAUGUGGUAUUUGGGAAUUAGCAGAUCACAGUUCUUGAUGUUUCGAGUUAAAAAAUUCGUAGCUGGCAUUUAGUGCGUCGUUGCGCUGUGACCCUUGUAACACUAUACUUGUGUAUACUGUAUAUUUUUCAAUCCUUGAUCUAAUGCUCUCAUAACGUGGGAACUGGGAACAUC